CGACGUUAUCCAGAUACUUGAGAUACUGAUACGUCUGAAUAAUUGAAUAAUGAACUGGGCUGAUUGCUAAUCUAAAAGAUAUUUACAUUUAUAAUUUCACUAACUAGUAUUUUUUCCUUAAAAUUGGGAACAAUGUCUUUAUCUGUGAGUGACCUCGAAAAAUUUCGACAAGAAUGGAGAAAGGAGCUUGAACACGAUAAAUUAAGCAAUGAUGAUACUUCUUCUCAAUAUCAUACUGGCACUGGACUUGAUCAAAACACAAUAAACAACGCUCAUUCGAGUCACUCACCACUAACACAAAGUUAUUCAACGGCCGCUCAGCAAAAUAUUGACCACACAAGCAAUGACCUGUUGAUAAAUAAUGACAAAAAUAAAAUAGAUAGUUAUAAAGAUGUCACUGUCAAUGUAAUUGAUGACACCAGUCAAGAUGCUGAUGGUGACUCUGAACAUGACAAAACUUCAAAAAACUUUAAUUUAUCUGAUGACAAUAGUGAAUAUUAUCCAUUCAAAAUAUUGACACAAUUUCUGAAUGAAGCCCCAAAGAGAUUGAAAACAAUUAAAGACAACAAGAGUAAUGUCAUAUCUUCUGAGCUUAAUUACUUUAGCAAACAUACAUAUUUUAACAAUGAAAUUAGUAUUACAGAAAACAGCUCUAAAAAAAUGAAAACUAUACAAAGGGAAUCUGAUGCUUUGAAAGAAGAAGAUGGUAAAAUUGUAAAGCCUAAGCCAAUUCUUGACAUUUUCAUAGCAGAUUUGGUAAGUUCUUGAUAAAUACUUUUUAAAGUUGUAAAUGAAAAAUCAUUCACUGUAACUGUAGCUGUGAAAUUAGGAUAAUAUAAGGGAGGACUGCACUCAAGCCAUCUGAAAUAAAUAAAUAGUAUUUUAGGCUUGGAAAAAAAAAAGGACAUAACAAUUAUUUGGACGUUUCGGCCAAAUGCCUUCUUCAGCAAACAAUACAAAACAAGAAGUAACAACUUAUUUGAAAUGAAAAUUUAACUGUGAAAUUAGUACUAUCAAAAUAAUUUUAAACAUAGUAAUUUGAUUUGUGUAAAAGAUUUUAGCUGGUCAUACUCAGAAUAAGUAACAGAAAGAUAUGGUGUUUUUUUAAAUUGUAUAAUAACUUUUACAGUACUUUAUUUAAUUUCAAUUUAAUAUGCGUUUUAUUAAGUUUUAAUGUAAAAUUUUUAGAGAGAAUCCUAAACACAAUAAAUAAUUUUUUUUUAAAGUGACAAAGUAUUGCAUCAACUGUACUGUUAACUGUGGAAAAAAAAAAAUUAUUAUUUAUACGAAGUGGCUAUUCGCACAUUACAUAACACAUCAAUUUUUAUAUUUUAAAUUCCUAUGAAUAAUAAGAGUAUGGCAAGUUUAAAUGGGUCCUGUUAUCUCAAAAUAAGUUCAAGUAUGUAGACAUGGUAACAGCUGCCUCCAUGUAUUUAAAGCAAACAUAACUUUAAUGAGUUAGGUUUAGUCACUCCAAUCAUACGUCUAUCAUACGUCUUUAUUAAAUUAUGAGAUGAAAUGCUGAUAAUAAUAAGGGAUAAGAAAGGCAAUGUUUCAAUGUUUUGGAUCAAAUCCAAGAAUAGGUAAUUAUAAGAAGUUACUCAUGCUAUAAAAAUUUUAAUUUCAUUGUUAAUAGCAGUAUUGUCUUUUGGGUUUUAAUUAAGGUAGAGUUAUUCUAAAAUUGGUUAAAUUUUAUCUAUAUUUUUUGUUUUGUUGUCAUAUUCCCUUUAAAAAAUCAAGUCGCCUAAAACAACAUAAACAAUGACAAAUAAUUUCACAUGAAGUUUUGUGUAAAAAUUAACCUUUGAAAAUGGUCCGAGGUUAAAAUAAAAGAACUUUUUCAUGGGGUAACCAGUGACACUUAUAUAGCAACAAACUUAAAUGGUUUAAAAAAAAAAAAAAAGAAUGACACAUUUUUAAACUUGCUAUUAUUUUUAAACUUGUUAUUCACUUUGAGAGUAAUUAAAAAUUUUUGUUUCAGGAUGAAAUAAAUGAAAUUCCUUUUUUUGAUACUAGCCUUCCACGUGAAGUAGCUCUCCAAAUUUUUCAGCAUCUAGACAUGAAAACGUUGUGCAGCUGUUCACAGGUUAAAUCAUUUUGAUGUGUGUUUAUUACAAUAAGCGCUUUGGUAAAAUGCAUUUUAUGUUCUAUACAGUGAACACUUUGAUAAAAUGCAUUAUAUGUUCUAUGCUAUAAGCACUUUGGUAAAAUGCAUUAUAUGUUCUAAACAAUAAGCACUUUGGUAAAAUGCAUUAUGUGUUCUAUACAAUAAGCUCUGUGGUCAAUGCAUUAUAAAAACCUUAGAAUGUGGCCUUUAAAUUAUUAGAAUUUUUACAGAUGGUUAUCACACACAUUAUACUGUGAGGAAUAAUACCAAACAUUGGCAUGAGAAACGCCAAAGUGCAUAAAGUUAUGCUUAUAAAUUACUUACAAGAACAUUUUAAAAUCAUUUCUCUAUAAUCCUUCCAUAAGUAAUAAAUUGAUACCAAGUGCCUAUGUCUGUUUUGUACACACAAAAGUAUAAACAACUUUUUGUAAAUGAAUUUAGCCAUUUUGAACAGUGUUUAUUAUAGACAAAAAGGUACUAAAGAAUUAAACUAUAUUCAGUUUAAAUGAGAAUUAGGAUUUGUUUACUCUGUACAUUAGCAUUUAUAUUUCAAGCUCGUACCUUUGGUGGACUUCACAUGCCAUGGUACUUUUAUUUUCUAUAACAGUGAACAAGAUUGUCUUACUUAACACAGGUUAGUCACAGUUGGCGGAGUCUUGCUGAUGAUGAGUUGUUGUGGUGCAGAAUCUGUCACAAUCUUGGAUAUGGGACUGAAAUGGAAUUAAGCGAUGGGCAAAACUGGAAGGGUAAAGUUAGAAGACACAUAGAGAAAAAAAGAUUGCAGCAUACCAACUGGAAAGUAAGUGCCCUGAGCUAAAAUAUUGGCAUAUUUUUCAAUCUUAUGAGGUAAAAUAUUUAAUAUAUUUAACUUAUAGAAAAAAAAAACUACUUAAAAUUUUUCAAAGGCUUAUAAUUUCUGUUGGAAUAAAAUUUAAAUCAUUUAUAGACCAAAAAAAAUUUAUGCAUUUAAAACUCAUGACUUGAUGCAAGAAUGUUUUUGAAAAAACAGUAAGGACAGAGGAUUUUUGUUGAAAAGGCUUUUAAACAAAUUUCACUAAAUCAUAAUGCUUUAAACAAAAUCUGUUUCUUAUUUGAUUUGGAUUUUCAUGCAUGGACGUUAUUGUUGGUGAAAAAUUAGGCGAGAAUAGGGAAACCCUACCACUUAAGCUUCCCACGAGGAGGUGUGCUAUGUGCUGUCCACUCACAUAAUUCAACUAUUGUAUCAGGGUAAGUUUCAUGUUUCACCAUUUAUUGUCAGCCUAUAAUUUCACUGUUUCAUUUCAAUUCAAUAUUCUUAGUGUUCAUGAAAAGACAGUUUAACUUGUAACAUUUCACUGACAUGAGACAUCACAUUGGGAAAUGGCGUCGGUGGGUCGUCAAGCGCGAGCUCUUAAUCCCCCCCCCCCCCCCCCCCCCCCUCCUCCGCCCACUCAUUACCGUCUCCAUACAAUCCUUCCUCCGCCCACCUCCACACAGGCCAGGCGCCGGGUCUCCCCACCGCCAGACCAUGCAGAAGCAUGUGGGGAACCUCCCCCCUGGCCUAGGGGACAUCUUGUCAACUGAAAACGCUGCAUUUAAAGCAUGCGCGGUCUACUCUCCCCUGGGUCAGGGCGGCUUUGCUUCCACUCCGGGGGAAAGGUGUUACGUUGCCACCCCCCACCGUCCAGGGAGUCUUUCGUUCGGGACGAAAGCUGGGAUGAAACGGUCAACAAGGAGUGGCUUUCUCACGGCCGUGUCGUUUUAGUCAUCGGAAUGGGCUUUACUCACCACCCAGACCUCAUAUCCAUUAACGGCAACUGACAUGAGACAGAAGGCUCAGUUUGAUCUCCUCACAUGCAAGUGUUUUAUGCUAAAAAAAAUGAGUUUAAAAAGAUUGUCAAACUUUCACUAAGUCUCCGCUAGAGUGCAGACUAAAGCAUUAGCUUUUAAACUUGACAACUCCAAGUAACCCUUUUCACUUUUAAGCAAUUUUUAAAGAAACCUCCAAUUUGCUUUUGUUAUCAUCCAUCCAAUUAAGCUUAAUGUUUGUAAUCAUAGAAAUUUUUUUAUAGGUGUCAAAGAAAAAUCUCCCAUUUUAGAAUUGAUGGGCUAAAAGACCCAUAUUGCAAUGGCAGGUGUCAAUAAAGUCUUGAAAUUUAUAGUAUAUAAUGGAGGUUUGGGAUUAUUAUUGAAAGCAAAUUAUUGACACAAUCAUUUCAGGUAUACAAGUUGUAAUGUUAGAUCAUGGAACACACAGACGGGAGAUGUGUGCACAUACAAUGCCAGCAACACUGCACUUGUUAUUGAUGAAAAUGCUACAGAUUUGGGGCGGAUACACAAUGAGAUCAAACAUAUUUCCACAACAGCUCUUGUAACUGCAGCAUCAUUUAAACAUGGUAAAGACCCUUUGGCUGACAAGUGUUUGUCCAAAACUAUGUAUUUUAACAUCACUGCUUGCCAGACUCUUUUUCUAUUUAUUGAAAGGGAUGAAUUGAUUCCCUGGUUAUUUGGUAGGUUUUUAAAUAGUAAAUAGAUUAGGUCCUUAGCUAUUAUUUUCUAUCCUAUUAUAAUAUUCCAUUCCUCAUCCUAGAACUGUGAUCCAAGGUUUUGUAUCAGCCUUAGCAUUGUGUUACCUUUUUAGGAGUGAGUUUAAAUCAUACAAUUUUAAAAUAUAGUUUAGUUUUAUUGCCUGUUGUAUCAUAAAGAAUUUUGAAAUGGCUGCAAUUUAAGUCUUUUUAUCAUCGCCUAUUAUUAACAUUUGAUCUUGAUCCUUAGGUUUUGUUGACAUAUGGUAUAAUGAAGAAGGUACAGAACCUGUUCACACAAUAAGGUUCAAUAACCCCGACAUAACAAGCUUAUCUGUCCAUGAUGUUAGCGCUAAAUGUUCAGUAAUAGCAGCAUCACAAGGCCACAGGGUGCAACUGGCUUCAAUUGGGGGGACACAAGAAGGAUCCAUUUUGGAUUUUGAUAUGCAUGCUGCGGUAAACUUUGUUUCAGUAGUUAAUUACAUUGUCACCUUUCAAUAUAACAAAGCAUGCAUACCCAAAUAAAUGUAUUCAUUGAUGAGAGUCUGUGUGUAAUUUUUGGUAGUCUUUUGAAAAAUCAUAAUGGUUUUGUAUACAAAUAAAGUUAAGAAAAUACAUUUAAGCUCAGCUACAACCUGUUGAGUUUUCUGACAAAAUAUUAAAUGAUAAUUGAUAGAGACUUUAUUUAAAAGCAAUUAUAGAAUACAAUACAAAAUUUUAUAAUUUUUUUAUUGAUUAUAACAAAUACGCAUGAAACUUGAAAGCCUUAGUCUAAAAUGAAUUUUGCUAUUUUUUGUCAAAAUAUAUAAAACAAUAAAUUUUAUUAACUAUCUUUGUCUCUCAAUUGUAACAUCACUAAGUAUUAGAAUUUGAUACAAUUUUUCUCCUGUAGGUGACUUUUGUUGAUUGGUUUACAAGCGGCUACUCCUCCACACCACUCCUACUGUUGACUUGUAAUAAUACUGUGCACCUCAAAAAGAUUGAAAUGGGGUUUAGUUGUGCAUCAGCACAACAAGAGAAUAUGACAGAAGUAAGAACUGAAUUAAAACUAAGUGCUAAAGCCAAGGAUAAAUGCUAUUAUUUCAGUUGCUCUAUACUUUUGAACAAUAAAAUAUUUAGUUGUACAGGUACAUCUUGAUAUAAAAAAAAGUAUAAAAUGUAGAAGGGAUAACCAGUUGGAAUUAAGACUAAAACUUUAAUUUUCCUAUUCAGUUGCUGUAUAACUUAAAGAAAAAAUAUAUUGUUUUCUAAGUUGUUUUUGGAUGGGCUGGAUUUUGUAAAAUUGUCUGGACUAACCAACUAUGUGUUCUAAGUGGUUGUGAGCUUUUUCAAUAUUGACCCUACCAUAAGAUAUAAUUUAAAAAAAAAUUUGAAUUUAAAUUUCUGAUGUUACCUUUUUCAAGGUUCACAAUAUUAUUUGGGCUCCUAUAACAGCCAUUGGAUUUCGUGAGAGUUUCCAUGAAAUAGCAGUUGGUUACAACUUGUAUGCACCAUCAACUCAAGUUAAGGUGAGAUACAACAAAUCUAUUAUUCCAUCUGUGACAAUUUAGUCUUGGCGAUUCAGUUCAAAGAUUUUUUAUGUCUUUUUUUAUCUUAAGUAUUUCUCUCCUUCCUUAACAAAUAGUGAAGUGGGUAAACAGUAUGGCUUUCAGGGGGGAGUUAGGGAAUUUCAUGCUUAUUAAGACAGACUCUUUCAAUUAAAAAAAAUUAUAAAUGACUCUGUGGGUUAUAAUAUCUACUUCACUGUUUUCAGACUUUGUGGGUUACAUUAGCCACUUCACUGUUCUCAGAUGUAGUGGGUUACAUUAGCCACUUCACUAUUCUCAAAUGUUUACAGAGAGCUUUUUACAAAUUAUAAAUAUCAAUACUUGAGAAAUUUGAUCCCCCCCAAAAAAAUCUAGCUCCUUUUAAUUUUAGGGUACCUCAGUUUUUUCCAAAGUGGUGUUCCACAAGCCUUCCUUUGGCUGUUUCCAAAAUAUUAGUAAAGAAAAAAAAUGUUGCAGAAAUUUUCCUUGGUUGAGUUUUGUUUUGAAGCCAUGUUCAAAAUAACAUGUCUUGAGCAUAAAAUUUAAAAAAUGACAUGAUUGACCCUAUCAUAGUCAAGCACAAGUGCCUAUAGUCACCUGUCCCUUGUCUUGCAUUAAAUAGUCACUGUUGUUACCCAGUGGCUAAAUUGUUGUUUUUACUCCAUUUUUAAAUUCCUAGCACAAAUUAAAUAAUAAGUAAGUCAAAAUGUUGCAAUUAUAAAGUGUUUAUUUUAAAGCAGCCGUAAAAAAAUGCCUAGGAUUUAACAGUAAAAGUUAAUAGUAAAUGGUUGGGCCAAUCACAAAUUUACAAUAUCCCAGUAUUCCAUGACAUAUUUAAUGUAAAAUGAAAAGAAAAAUAAUGAACAUAAUAGAUCUGGCCUUGGUCCGUGGGGAAACUUGUGCACCAAGCUUGAAAGUUUGGGAAGCACUGGUGUAGAACGCAAUUAUAAGAUUGAAGGUAUAUUCCUUAAUCAUAACAGUAGCAUUCCACAGGUUAACGUCUACGAUUCAAACAACAACCAACUCAAAGCUUCUUUGACUGGUCACACCUGGCUUAUCUCUUCCAUUCAUAUGCCAGACUCUUUGCCACAUCAACUUGUCACAGGAAGUGGGGACAGAAAGUAAGUAGUGAUUUGCCAAAUGGUUAUUUCUUGAGCCCAUCAGAAGGUCAGAUUUAUCCAUUAGCUUCUAAACCAGCAAAAUGAAGAUGGAUAUACCACAUAUAAAUUAAUUUCUUGGGACAUUUUUUAAAAGUUACUUCAAAACUACCAGCAAAAAAACUACACUGUGGUCUCUGUGAUAGUGACAUAUUUUAAGUGCUUAAAAUACCAUUAUCCAUCUAAUGUCACUGGAAAAGAUUUAGAUAAUGGAGAUGUUUAUAAACGCUCUAAAGAAUGCCUUCACUUCAUUGCAUAUUUUAGUAUAACUUUUAGAGCUGCUUGCUUAUGAAGUUACACAAUUUUUAAAUUGUAAUUAUCAUUUGACAGUGGUUUCAAACAUGUUGAUAGUUCAAUAUCAAAGAGUAAAGUUUAAUUCUGAUUUCAUAUUCUGGAAAGGCUCAUUUUGACCAGACUUUUUCUGAGAAAGUAAACUUUUUUCUUAUUAAUUAAAACUUUCAACAUACUAAAAUUUAUUUUGACAUUUGAGUUGUUCAAUUACAGAAUUAGAAUGUAUGACACCCGAUUGGGAAGCAGUGCAUCUAUGACACUAGUUGGUCAUGUUGCCAGAGUCAGGACUGUGCAGAUGGAUGGAUGGAAGAUUGUGUCAGGUGACGAGGGAGGGUUUGUUUGUGUUUGGGAUCAGAGGAUGCGUCAGAAAUUAUGGGAUAUCCACAACAGGUGAAUAAAAUAGAAAUAUUUUAUGUGAAUGAAAAUAUGGCAUUUAUGGGAUGUUAAUGUUAAAAGUAAUGGCAAUUAAUUAAUUUCAAAAAUGAUUUUAAAAUUAUUAAACUUUUAAAUAAAAAUAUUCCCAAGUACAGUUCUGAAAUCUUGCCAACCAAAGAUUCACAAUGCAACACUUUACUGUUACUUGUUCUGCAGACACCCAGUGGAGUACUGCCAUUUUGAUGAAAGGCUUCUCAUUGUUGGAAAUGUUCCUUAUCAGAAAUUCCCACAGCAAGAUGAAUUUGAAACUGUUUCAUCGCUGAGGUGAAUAAAAUAGUUUUGGUCUUGAUGCCCAAAUUUUAGAGAAAUUUUUAAGUUUCUUAUUAAAAAUAAUUUUUAUUAGAGCACUUUUUCCUUAGAUGAAACAUGACAUCAUCUGUGGCAGCACAAAUUCUCAAUAAGAAAUACAUUUUGUCAACAAGAUAGAUUAACCUAGAGUCAUUUGUAAGAUCCCCUUUUAAUAUACAUUUUUAUUGUACAAUGUUUACAAGUUAUUAAUUUGGGGAUCUCAAUUUACUGAUAACUAGGCUUUUGAAAGAAGAUUUACCAGUACCUUCAAUUUUUUUUUUCAAUAAAGAGUAAAAGAUAAAAUAGUUCUUAUAAGGAGCUAUUACUAGUAUUAGUUAGAAAUUUACUUUUCAAAUAGUAUAAAAAUAAAUUAGAAGAUUCUCCUGAAAGUCACGUUAGACUAAGAACAAGUUUUAUUACUUUUUAUAAACACAGAUAUCGAGGCACUGUGCAAGUUUAUGACUUCCUGGCCAACCAGCAAACUCAGGGCAUUCCUGACAUCUGUUUGUCUUCUUACAAUGAACCAGAGGCAUACGACUACAAUUUAGCACUCACAGUCCCUUAUGAUGUUGUGUCAUGAGAACUUUCUACUUAACAGGCUUGUUCAGAAUCCUGUUAUUUAAAAAUCAUAAAGUCUACACCUCCAUCAAAAACCAAAUCUGUUCUUAUAAAAGCUGAUGUUGAUAACAAUCUCACUAAAAUUUCAUUACAUUCAUGUUAUUCUUUUAUUGUUUUAAGAGCAAAUAUACAUAUCUGUUAUUUUAAGAUGGAUUGCUCCUAAAUUAGCAGUAACAUCAGAGGCAUCAAAACUUGGUUUGAUUAAACAAUUCUAUUGGUUAUAUGACACACUCUUGCCUCCUGAAUGGUUCUUUCAAGUCACACUUAAGGUUGCUUCAGAAAUGUUUUGGAUGGUUUUAUUAUUUUAGAAAAUUUUAACUCAAUAUUUUCAUACUUAAAAAUGAACCCCGUGUUCCUGAUGAUGAAUACAUGACAAAUGAGAGAGAGAGAGGGGGACGGGGUGAGUGUCUUUUGAUUGAAGUUAAAUUGCAGCUUUUGUUGUCUGAUACCAAGCGGCUUGUGUAUUUAUUAUAAAUUUAUAGUUACAAAAGUUGUGGGAAGCUGGAUUGAGAGAAUAAAUAUGUCAUUCUAAUUCUAGUCCUAAUGUUUUGCUUAUUCACUGGUGCUGGUUAAAGAUACUUAAGAAAUAAUCUAAUUUACUUUGCAGAGCCACAAGCUGUAUUUUUUAAAAAUUAAGCCUUGUAUCUACAGUAGGAAUGAAACACAAACAAAACAUUAUUUAUUCAUAAAAACCAAUUUAAUAUUUCACUUCCGAGGUCAUUUUAACAUUUUCUGAACAGCAAAUUAU